AUGGCUAUUUUUUUCUUACUAUUCACCUUGAUUGGUUAGUUUUUCAAAUGUGUACUUUUUAAACUUUUUAUUGUUUUUAGGCCUAUCAGAAGGCCAACAAUUCCUGCCGUUUAGCGAUUUCACCACGUCAUUUGAUGUCGAAUUGAAAAAUGUGGAAAUUGGUAUGAAGUUGUAUGUGAGCUGUAUAUCGUCCAACACUGAACAACUUCAAAAUUAUGUUUUCACCAGUGGAAAGGAAACCAAAACGUUUGUUUUUAUAAGUUUUUAAAAAAAUUUUGGGUCAUCCAAUAACUUCUCAUUUUAUUCUUGGCUUUUCCACUAGACAUUUUCAAGACAUUUUUUAAUUUUCAACUUUUUUUUUCUCUAGAUUUACUAUUAGAACCGCAGCGCGACCGCAACGCAUUGAUUCACUCCAAUCGCCCGAUUUUCAAAAAUUCCAUAGUCUCAAAACUUUUUGUCGUCACUCGCUCAAAAGCCGUAAUCUCAAAAAAAAAUGUUUUCGCAUAUUUUUUAACCAAAACUGAACUUCUACUGGUUUCAGAGGCUAUGAACUUGUACAAAGCUAUCAAGACCAGGCAUCUGGCCUGAAAGCUCCUUGGGUCCUACCUGCGGCUCAAGUUACCGUAUCAAACCGGGAUAAUACGGCAGUUAGCAAUAUGGCUGGUUUCGUCUACAUUUUGAGUGCCGAACAAUCGAAAGGUUGUUUUUUGGAAUCGAUCGUUUUUGGAUUUUUGAAAAGUAGUUCAUUCACCAUGGAUGUUACUGUAUAUCUUAAAAAUUUUUCUCAUCUCCUAUGUCGGGAAUUUGAAAUUGUUCCAAGACUCGCCUUUUACUAAAAAGUUAGUGUAUAGCUGAUUCACAACAGACAUCAAAAAAGGGUCCUGACACGAUAGUGCCUGGAUCGUGGAGAGCGCAGACAGGCCACGCCCACGAGCUAGAAUCGGCUAAAUCUUUACGAUCAAUGACGACUGCACUGUUCGAAAAAUCGGAACACUGUCGGCUAGAGAAAAGAGAGAGCAGAGAGGUCCGACGCUUGUAAGUCGUGAUGAAUGAAUAGAACAGGUCCAAGACAUAGUCCAGGCUUUCAUACUCAAAAACAGUUUGACCUUUCUGUCGGCUAGAGAAAAGAGUGCGCAGAUAAGCUAGAGUGUUAUAGCUAAUUCACGGCUAGCUUGGGAGGCUAAGGGGGCGUGUCCUGUCUGUGCUCUCCACGAGCCAGGCACUAUCUCGUGCAUUAUCGUGUCAGGACCAUUUUUUCGAUGGCUCAAGUCAGCCGUGAGUCAGCUAUAGGAGUUUUCCGAUCCUUAAACGUUUUUUUUAAAUCGAAAAAUCCUUGUAGACCCCUCAUUCUACGUCUACGACGUCUUCGGGACUCAGACCAUCGACCGAAGCUCCGAUCAAAACUCGACAAUAGUCAUGCUUCCACGGAUGACCCUCGUCGACUUUGGUUUCAAGGACUACGCGGCCACUCUCACCAACUUCAACAUGAGAGCCGUUGAGCUAUCCUUUUGAAAAUUAAUAAAUAAAUCUCCCAGGGUUCUGCGAUUCAAAUCUAUCGCGACUAUCCUUCGGCCAACUUGAGUGCGAACCUUGGAAAUAAAGUUUUCGCCAAUCCGAUGGACCAUGUCGACUUGGGAACAAUGUGAGUGAUCAACAAGUCUUUUGAAGAAAAGUAGAAAAAAAAAUAUUCCCAGGUUUCCAAAGCGAGCCUCAACUGGUUUUUUUAGCCUGGGCUAUCAUUGUGCUAAAUUUAUCACGAUUGUCGAUGGUCGCAUUUGGAAUGGCUCACAGAGCGCUAAAGUUGAUUUAAAGCUCAACCCUUUGCUCAAAUGAUUUUUAUAAGGCGUUUGAAGCCGGUAUUACAAUUUUCAUUCCUAGUGCGGCUAGACUUCAAGUGUACAUAACUCGACAAUGGAAUCUACACGUUUUUGCAAAACUUAGAGGGAAAACCUGCCUAUCAUAUAAAGUCUUACUGAUUCGACGCUCAGGUAAAAGUUGGGAAGCUUGUGCUUUCGUUUCCUCGAUAGACGUUUGGAGGCUUUCCAGCAAGUGGUCAAACGCCUUCCACAUACCUUCCCAACACCUUCUACUUGAAAAAAGCCUUCCGGAAGACUUUGAGAAGCUUUCCAGCAGGCUUCUGGAAGGCUGCUGAUAGGCAUUCUCCAUUUUUAUCUACCACAUACCUUCCCAUCACCUUCUACUAGCAUUCCAGCAGGCUUCUGGCUGACAAUUUCCAUGUUUACCUUCCAACUACCUCCCGUACACCUUCCAAAGACCUUCCCAGGAUUCACCUGAGCGUUUACCUCUUUAUUAUCAUAUUAUCAUAACACUCGAAGUUUUUGUACUUCUACCUGCUUCAAAAUGGAAGCUUAAGACCGCGACACUCAUAAUACAGUCACCAAGUGAUGAAUGAACUAUAGUUCAUUGACAGCAUUAUGCCUCAAAAUGCCACUUUUCAGGUUCUUCUACAACGUUGACCCAUUGCAAAUCUCCUAUCCAGCGUUUCACAUCGUUGCCAGCGGCGGAAUCUAUUUCCAAGCUCAUAAUUCCUUCAGUAAGAUCCCUACUCUCGGAAUCUUUGAAAAACGUAUACUUCAGCUUCAUCUACUUUACCGAAAAAUGCAACAUCCACGACGGUUACUGGACUGAUAAUGAACCGCAUUUUCACGGCCAAUUCUACAAUUUACUAUCAACCGGACCACCGUUACAAUGGGUAUACUGGUUACAAGGUUUGUAGAUUUGGCCCGCGGCUACAGUAACAACGCGUCGCGGCCGCGGAGCGGUUUAUGGUGGAAAAAUAACUUCAAACAAAAGUCGUUUUAAUGUUUUCAAAUUUUUUACGGAACUCCUGCUGAUAAGAACCAUUGAACUAGCAAAUAACUAUUAAAAAUUCCAAAGUUGAUAAGGAUAGAGAUGAUGAUGAUGACGAUAUUGAUAAUUUUAUCAAAAAUAUGUUUGUCCUCGAUGUUUAUUGAGUUUUGAUAAGGCUUAUAGGAUGAUUUUAUGAAUCAUAUCUUUUUGAUCGAAUAUUUUUAGGUGAAAGAAUCUGACCGAAUAGCUUAGAAAAAUUAGACAGAACUUAAGAGGCCAAUUUUCGAACUCUAUAAAAAUUCUCUAGCGUUCUUCGCAUACAAAACAUAGCCUAGUGGCUAAAAUUUUAGCCUAUCAAUCUUGAGUCCAAGGUUCCGCUCCCGGAGCCCUUUUGCCGUUUCUAUAAGUACAAAAAGUUCAUACUUUGAUGAAAAUUUUGAUUUUUUGUACUUUUGAUUCAAUAUUCCCCACCAAAAACAGCUUCACGAUCUCAAAAAAAUCACUAAGAACACAAAAUUCAGUCGACCUUGAGAAACGUCUUGGCUCCCGUCGUAGUUCAACUGAACGAGUUCGGAUCUUACGUUUGGAAUGAGAAGUUUGUUUAUCUAGAUUCAAAUUAUUUGAAAAAUUUUUCAGCUUCACCUCAGACUCAUCCUAUGAAGGGUUCGACACUCAGACACUUGCUGAUGCUAUGUAUGUGUGGCCAAUGAACAUGAACUCGGGCUUCUAUUCUUUCCAGUACUACCAAAUCCGUUAGUUUUACUUGAUUUAGGUUACAAAGGGCAGGAAAAACCUGCUCAGGAAGAAAAAGCCGAAAAUAAUGGCGAUCCGAUUUUUCAUCGUAUCCUCCACAUUUUUGUUCAGAAACGACCCCGAAAGUGAUGACAACGAUGCAUGUCGUCACUGCCAACGACGGUUCAACUACAGUCCCAACCAAGGCCAUGCCCAACUCCACAAUUUCCGCGAUUCCAACGGUCAAACCAACUCAAACACCCCUCCCUACUACCCCCCAAGUGAUCCCUACAACGACAAAGUUGACAAGUUUUCCUUCGAUUUUCCUCGCCUCCAUUGUAGUUCUGAUGGCGACUAACCUUUCAUAG